AUGGCCCUCACUCAAACGGUCACCAUCAUUAACAACUCGGGCAAGAUUAUAAGUACCGGCAAACAACUCGCUGGCAUCUUUAAAGAAGCCAAAGCCUCCUACCAGGAGAAGAAGGCCUCCAUCAAGGCCGACCGUGAGCUUAAGCGCGCACAAACCUUCGAUACCUCUCGCGAUUUGCCUCCCGAGGCCUUCGAGCGCCGCUAUUCCUACGAUGAUGGACACUCCGUUGCCAGCUCCCGCAGGAGUCACCGCUCUCGGCAGUCUCACUACCCCGAUCGCGAGCAGGAGUACUAUCCCCGCUCAAGACCGGCCCUGACCGAGAACAACCUCAAGACUCAUUCCGAAGUAUCGAGCGUCACUCCCUCGAGGGCUCCCCCUGUUGUAUACCGCUCUCCCUACGCCGAAACCGCUCCCCGCGAUAUGGCUCUGAGUCGCCCAACCAUGCAACACUACACUACAGUGCCGACAUGUAGUGACAGUCUCGCCGAUUCCGCCACCCUCCGCGGCUCUAAUAUUCCCCGAACAAUGUCGUCACCUGUCGUACCAACGGUCGCCGCCAAGAAGAAGAAGGAAAUCGACAUGGACCUGGCAUAUGGCAACAUCCCUCCAGAUUUGCAGGACCGCCACGAUUUGGAUCCCAAGGAGGACCAGGCCAGAACUUUGGUCGCCAGGGUCGAAGGACUGCUUGAAGAAGCGAAGUGCGUCCAGCAUUCAGCUACAGCCACCAUCGCCCACCUGCAAGGAAACCCCGAUGCCGCCGCCGCCGUUGCCCUGACUCUCGCCGAGCUGUCGACGCUGCUGAAGGGCAUGUCGCCCGCCUUCCUGUCCGUCAUCAAGGGUGGCUCCCCCGCCGUCUUUGCGCUCCUCGCCUCGCCCCAGUUUCUCAUCGCUGCGGGCGCAACCCUUGGUAUGACUGUCGUCAUGUUCGGCGGAUGGAAGAUUGUGAAGCAGAUCAAGGAGGCCAAGGCCCAGAGAGAGGCUAUUAUGGCCAACGCCAUCGCGAUGGAGGCGCAACCCGCGCCGCAGCCCAUUGAGUAUGCAUACGACCAUUACGAUCAAUACGAUCCGUACAUGCAACAACAACCGCGGGAGGGCAGCGUCGGCUAUGACGAAGCAGUUGUUCUCGACGAACGGCUGGAGGAGGAGCUCAGCUCCAUCGAGACAUGGCGCCGUGGCAUCGCGCCCAUGGGCGAGGAUGAGAGCGUCGACAUGGAGCUCAUCAGCCCCGAGGCCGCACGGUCCAUCCGCGGCGACCCGGACACCCGCACCGAGAGGAGCUUCCGCACGACUCGCAGCUCCAAGACGCACCGCAGCUCGAGGACGGAAAGGUCGCACCACUCGUCUCACUCACACAAGUCGCACCGCAGCAGCGCCAGCGUGCGCGAGUCGGAGGCCCCCGAACGCAGGAGCACCGUCUCCAGGUCCGAACGGGGUGAUUCCCGAUCCGAACGCGGCGAUUCCAGAUCUGAGCGGGGCGACGCUGAGAGUAUUGCCAGCAGCCAUCGCAGCCACCGCAGCUCGGCGUCGAAGCGGACUGGUCGGGUGUCGAUGCUCACCAUCGAGGACGCCAGGAGCGAGAAGGACGACGAGGUCAUUGAAUUGGCGACGCGACCCAAGAAGAACAACAUGCUCAAGUCGUUGUUCAAGAAGAAGGAGAAGGAGCACAAGGACAGAGAAGAGAGAGUCUCUGCUCUCGUGUUUUAA